AUGAUUUGCAAAGCUCUUUGUGUCAUUACGAGCCUUUUGGCUGUAGUCUCUGGCCUUGCGACCCCAGCUGAGCUGAUCGCUCAGGCAGAGCCUAGCAAGUAUGUCUUUGCUCACUUUAUGGUUGGCAUUGUGAAGAACUAUCAGUUAGCCGACUGGAUCGCCGAUAUGACUACAGCUCAAGCAAUUGGCAUCGAUGCAUUCGCUCUUAACUGCGCCAGCAUCGACAGUUAUACCCCUGAUCAGCUAGCACUUGCUUACCAGGCGGCCGAGCAGGUCGGCUUUAAAGUCUUUAUCUCCUUUGAUUUCGCUUAUUGGAGUAAUGGAGAUACAGACAAAAUCACCGCUUAUAUGCAAAAGUACGCCGCCCAUGCAGCGCAGAUGCAGUAUCAUGGAGCUGCGAUUGUAAGUACGUUUGUUGGAGAGAGCUUCAAUUGGGGGCCCGUAAAAAAAGGAACGUCGCAUCCCAUCUGGGCCCUGCCUAACCUUCAGGAUCCGGCAGAGGCGACGAGCGGUGCUGCCCGGUCCAUCGACGGUGCUUUCUCCUGGUAUGCAUGGCCGACCGAUGGAGGGAACAGCAUCAUACCCGGACCGAUGACGACUAUCUGGGAUGAGAGGUUCGUUAAAGAUCUGGCUGGACGGACAUAUAUGGCUCCGGUAUCACCGUGGUUCGCAACCCACUUCAACUCUAAAAAUUGGGUUUUCAUCUGUGAGGAUCUUCCUACCCUUCGUUGGGAACAGAUGCUUCAGCUUCAGCCAAGCCUGAUUGAGAUUAUCUCAUGGAAUGAUUAUGGUGAAUCCCACUAUAUCGGACCAUACUCCGCCAAUCAUAGUGACGACGGCUCCUCCCAAUGGGCAGCGGGAAUGCCGCAUGAUGCCUGGCGAAACCUCUACAAGCCUUUCAUAAAGGCCUACAAGUCAGGCGCAGUGGUUCCUGUCAUAGAAGAGGACGAGCUUGUUUAUUGGUACCGUCCGACGCCGAAGAACGUGGCUUGCACCAAUGAUUCCCUCCCGCAACCAAACGGUGUCAGCAUGCUCCACGACAGUGUCUUUGUAGCUACUAUGUUGACCGAGCCAGCCACGUUGAUUGUCACGAGUGGCUCUAACCAACCAGUGUCCAUUGAGGUACCGGCGGGGAUAGUCACAUCCAACUUCAGCAUGGGCGUGGGUGCUCAGAAGUUCUCAGUGGUGCGUGGAGGGAAGGCUAUCAUGAAUGGCAAGGGCGGACUGGAAAUUAAGGACAAUUGUAAGCAUUGGAAUUAUAACGUUUAUACUGGUUCGGUAGCCAAAGAGGGUUGA